AUGGCAGCUCAGAGGGGGCGGCCAUGGACGCAAGUCCUUUCCCUGACCGUCCUCAUUCUCGCUUUUGUUGCUACCGUCGGUGCUUCAACGGGCGACAAGUGGCCAGAGUUCCAGAACUGUCUCAAGGUCUGCAACUCUCAGAAUUGCGCCCCUAAUAAACCUCAAACUCCAAUCCCUGUCCUCCACCGUUUACUCUUCUGGAAUUGCGCCAGCGAAUGCGAUUAUGCCUGUCAGCACAUAAUUACGAACAAGCGCAUGGCAAAGGGUCUCUCUGUCGAGCAGUUCUACGGCAAAUGGCCCUUCUAUCGAUUCCUUGGCAUGCAGGAGCCCUUCAGUGUCCUCUUCUCUCUCGGCAACCUGUGGGCGCAUUGGGAUGGCUGGAACAAGGUCCGAGCCCAGAUACCCAAAUCGUACUCUAUGCUUCCGUUCUAUGAGUGGCUAGCGGGUAUCGGCGUUGCCUCGUGGGUCUUCAGCUCCAUCUUCCAUACUCGCGAUUUUCCGGUCACCGAGGAACUCGACUACUUUGGCGCUGGCGCCAGCGUGCUGUACGGCUUGUACUACACGACCGUCCGGGUUUUCAGGCUCGACAAGCGCACUCCUAGGAGGCGAACAGUACUUCGAUGCUGGACGCUGGUCUGCGUCUUCCUCUACAUAUGUCACGUCUGUUACCUCAAGUUUAUUCAUUGGGACUACACGUACAACAUGGCGGCGAAUGUAGCUGCCGGCAUCGGACAGAAUGCCCUCUGGACUUGGUUCAGUAUUGAUAGGUAUCGGAAAUCAAGGCGUAUUUGGGCGGCUUGGCCUGGUUUUGUGGUGGCCUGGGUCAUAUUCGCCAUGAGCAUGGAGCUUUUCGAUUUUCCCCCUUGGCUGGGUUGCAUUGAUGCCCACAGCUUGUGGCAUCUCAUGACAAUUGGACCAACCAUUCUCUGGUACAAGUAA